AAAUAAAUUUUCCAGCUUAAUUAACCACCGCAGAAUGCGAAAUGCUUUGUAAAACUUAUACAAGUUUAGUAAAUUCUAAAUAAUUUAAAUUUACAGUAUAUAAAGAAAACGCCUAAAAGUAUGCAAUUUUCAUACUAAACAAGUCAUUACUUUAGCAAAAGUACAAUUUUAUGCAUAAAUAUGAAUAGUUAUAGAACUUUUGAUGACGAAAUCAGGUUUAGUGAACACUUUGCCGCUAUAAACAUUCAUUCGAAUAUUUAUUUCAUGUGCGAUACAGUUACGGUAACAAAAGUUUGAAAGUUUCUUUUAAAUUUGCCAAACACGCAAUUUCGGAAAAUAUUAAAUUUAAUACAGAAAUAUGCGACUAACUAGCUGUAAAACAUGAAAUCUCAUCAUUCAAUAACCCUUGAGCCAUAUGAUGGUCAUUUUAUACAAAUUGUUUUGAAUUUAAAGCUUUAUUUUUGACAAAUAAAAAUUGCCCUCACUUCGAUCAAUUUUACCCGAAAUCACGGUAACAUUGAUCAUAUAAGUGAUCAAUGUUCGUAUGUGUGAAAUCCACUUAAUUUACAAAACUGCAGAUAACUUUUGAUAGGGAAAAAGACAUCUAUAUUUGUUUGAUAUGUUAUGUAUAACUGUCUCAGCUUUCAAUUGAUGCAAAAAUUUUGAAAAUCGGUGGUUGCCAUCAUGGCGAAAAAAAAUGUUUUGGUGUAAAAAUCCAAGAUGGUGGCCAAAAUAAAUAUGGCCGAUCCAUUUUUUUAUUAUUGUAAAUAGUAGCUCUAUCUUUCCUCUUUUCAACAACAAUUCGUUUUGAGGUGGUUUUUGGAGAAACUUUCGAGUUAAAACUGUUUAAAUGAGCCACCAUUUGACCAAAAGAGGGGUCUGCAAACAUUUUUGUGGCUCUAACUAACGGGGGGUCCAUCAAUUUGAGUAACCAAAUGCAUUUUCCUUACUUUUUUAGCGAAGACUUUCAGAAAAUCGGCAUCUUAAACAAAAGUUUCGAUUUUUAAAAUUCAACUCUGGAAUAUUCAUACAAUAAUUUCGAAGCUCAAACUGGACCUUGUAUUCAUGUCCAGCAUGAACGUUUGAGCAUGUAUUUGAUAACGUUAAAAAGUUAAAAAACAUCAGUUUAUUUUUAUAUUUAUGAAACUCGAUUUGAAUUCGAUACAACGAUCGACAAAAUGAUCCGGAAAGGGAAAAUAUUCACUUCUCGAAAAAUUUUUAAGUAGCUGUAACUUUUUGAAAAGAGCAUCAAAUAUUCUCAAAUUUUCACUGCAAGUCUAUCAACUAAUUGAGUAUCAGUGGUAAAAAUUUGGAGAAGAUCGGGCUACUCUGCACGAAAUUAUAAAGAUUCUAGAAAAAGGUAUAAUUAUCCGAUAGCCAACUUUGAGCUGCUAUAUCUCCGGAUUCAAUGAACCGAAUGCAAUGAAAUUUUGACUAUUCAUGACUUAUAUAACGAGCUUUGAAAAACUUUUGAUUUAGCUUAAAAUUCUUUACGCGGAAGAAAAUUAUAACAAUUAGAUUUGUUUUCUAAUAAAACACAAAUUUAUUAAAAACUUCAACAUCGUUUAAAAGUUUAAGAUGCUAAUUAUAGUUCAUUUAAAUUUUCUCAAAUUUACUUGAAUAUAAAUAUGCUUUGAAAGAGAGCAACAAUAUAGCCAGCAAUAAAUUGAAAAAUUUAUAGGAUGCAUAUUAGAAAUUGACCAAUUUACUAAAAAAUCAUAAAAUAAAAGAAAUCGCUAUAUAACUUUUUUUUUGAUAAUAAUUUUCAAUCAAGUCAAUUAUUUUUAAGAGUUCAUAAAUGGUUAAAAUUUCAUUGCAUUCGAUUCAUUGGAUUUGGAGAUACAACAGCUGAAAGUUGGCUAUCGGAUAAUUAUACCUUCUAUAUAAUCUUUAUAACUUUGUGCGAAAUGGCCCGAUCUUUUCCAAAUUUUAACCACUGCACAGUGGGAAAAAUCGACCCAAAAACGGAUCUUUUAACGCCGCUGGUUUCGGAACGUGAAGUUGACCAUUUCUGACGUAAAAAAAUACGAGAAAUCGAUUGGUGAUAAUUUCAUUUACCGCACGGCACGGGAAGUGGUCCAUUUUGCCCCAUUUUGCCCUUUUUUCAUACAAAAAGAGAAUUAAAAUGUACUUUCAAACAACUAACACGACUGUAGAUCAUUGACAAUUGCUGCAGGUGUAAUAAGAAGUGUAUAGGAAUCAUAAGAAUACAUGAAAGAUCCUUUUUAAUGCUUAUUUUGCCCUAUAUGCCCCAACAACUGUCGGAUAUACACAAUUUUUCCUAAUUAUGAAUAGAUUUUUAAUGUUACUGACUUAAAGUUGAUUUGUUUGGCAUAAACCAAAGCGGUAGAUUGUUUAUCACCAAAAUAAUCUUCGGGAGUUGUCCAAUUUGCCCCAUUUGCCCUAUUUUCAUGAAAAAAUGAGAUUUAUAAUGUUUUUAUGAAAAACAAAUACUGCUAUGGAACGUUGAAAUUAGUUUUAGGUGAAAUUGGAAGUCAAUAGUUUUCAUACGUAUAUAUGAAAGAUAUUUUCCCUAUUUUACCCUACAUGCCCCUAAAACUGCUGGAUUUUAACAUAUUUUGUAUGAUUAUGUAAUAUCGCUGGAUGCAAAACAUGAAGCCCUGGAUCAUUUUUGAUACAUACAAAUGCGGUUUACCGAUUAAUACUACAAUCAUUCUCGAAAUAGUAUAUUUAUAGCUGUCCAUUUUACCCCAAUUUGUCUUGAUUUUGUCAUGUAGUGAAUAAAUCAAUUUGCCCUGAUUUUUUGUCAAGUAAUGAAUAAAUUAAUUUCCCUUAUUAGCAUUGAUACUGAAACCAAUCUUAUCAAGAAUACAUAUAUUUGAAUUUUUCUAUAAUUUCAGCUUUUGAUGGGGAACUAAGGGGAUAAUAAGCAUUUUAUAAAAUAUGUCAAAUAUGCGCUGAUUUAAUGGGGCGUCUCAAAGCAAAUUAUGUAUAUUUAAGAUGCCCCAUUUAAUCAGUUGUGUGCAUAUUUGCCACAAAUUAAGAUUAGGGUUAAUGCUUUUUAUACCCUGUAUUCCUCACCAAAGUCAUAUGUUUUAACUGUCCUUUCGAUUACAUUGGUUGCAGUAACAAAAGUUCAUCAGUUUGGGCAUAAGCAAAUGGGGGAAAUCAAUUCAUUCAUGAGGCGACAACAAAUCAGGGCAAAUUGGGGUAAAAUGGACAGCUAUUUGUACCCUCCCGUGAAUGAUUCUAAACCUUAUAGAUAAACCGUAUUUUUAUAUAUAAAAAAUGAACUAGGAUUUCAUGGAUUGCAACCAGUGACAUUACAAAAUAAUAGAAAAAAUGUUAUCAUCCAGCAGGGGCAUGUAGGGCAAAAUAGGGGAAAUAUCUUUCAUUUAUGCGCUGUUAGCUGUUAGCUUCAUAUUGCAACUAAAACUAAUUUCAACGUUCCAUUACAGUAUCUGUUUCUUAUAAAUGCAUUUUAAAUCUCAUUUUUCUAUGAUAAUAGGGCAAAAUGAGGCAAAUUGGACAACUACUGAAGAUGAUUCUGGUGAUAACAGAUCUAGCGCUUUUUGUUUAUGCAAAAAAAAGAAAAUCAAAUCAGUAACAUUAAAAAUCCAUUCGUAAUCAUGUAAAAUUCACAAUUUCCAGCAGUUGUUGGGGCAUAUGGGGCAAUAUAAGCAUUUAAAAGAAUCUUUCAUAUAUGUUUAUAAUUUUUUUAAACUUCCAAUUACACCUGCAGCUAUUUUCAAUGAUCUACAGUCGUGUUAGUUGUUUGAAAGUACAUUUUGAUUCUCUUUUUGUAUGAAAAAAGGGCAAAAUGGGGCAAAAUGAACCACUUCCCGUGCCGUGCGGUGAAUGAAUUUAGCACCAAUCGAUUUCUCGUACUUUUUUACGUCAAAAAUGGUCAACUUCACGUACCGAAACCAGCGGCGUUAAAAGAUCCGUUUUUUGGGUCGAUUUUUCCCACUGUGCACUGGUACAGAACUAGUUGAGCAACUUUCAGUGAGAAUAUUUGAUGCACUUUUCAAAAAGUUAUAGCUAGUUGAACAUUUUUUAAAAAUUGAAUAUCUUGCCUGUCCCGAUCAUUUUGUGUAUCCCCUUUAUCAUUAAGUAGCUAAGAGAUAUUAGAUUACGAGGUGCCAUUUAUGAGUAGAAUCUGAUUCAAUGGUAAAUGUUUGUUUACACAUGUCAGGAGGUCAAGAGGACCGAUAUGUGACCCCGCUGAUCAAACCUCGUUUUACAGUACUCUUUUUCCAGUAAUCGAACAUAUGCACACAAAAAAGUUCCAUCCUUUAUAGACUCCAACCGGUUACGUGGUUAUUAGCAGAAAUUCACACAAUUAUAUUACAAUUUUACACAACCUCUGUCAGGUAAAAUUUCAAAAAUUCUUCAGCUAGGUGUCCGUGGAGUGUACCGAAAAUUUUCAAAUGUUCACUGUUAACCUGAGGAUUGCGGAGUGAAAUUUGACAGCAGCCAGGCUGCUGCCAAACCUCCAAAAUGAUCAGAGUGUGCCUGGAUACAAGUUUGGUUUGCCUAGUCACGCUAAAACAAGUGAAACAUUUAAUGACACACAAACUUUGCCGUCAGCUAUGAAAACGUUUAAAACGUUUUAUCUGUGAGAAAAUUAUGUGUGAAACUUGGCUAAAAUUAGUAAAUUAUUCCUCCAAGCCCAUAGGGGAGACUGAGGAGACUUGAUCCCUGGGGAGACUUGUUCCUCCCAUAUUUGCUCGGAAUCAAAAACAUUUUUCUUCUAGCAUAUUUUUUCCAAAACUACUCCUGGACAGCUAUAAGUGAUUUCGAUUGUACAUUGCAUUAUUUUUCAACGGCUGAUGGUUAGUUUUCAGUCUUACGGAAAUCUUUUAGGCGAUUCCGAAAAAUCUCAAUAACUUUGUGAAAAUUGAACCAAAUCGUGUCAAAAUUUUACAGCACAUAGUUUGAAUAAAAUACUUUUAAACUUAUUUAUCCAAAUAAGGCUGUUGUUAACAUAUUUUAAUUAAUUCAGCUUAGUAUACACAACAGUGACAUGGGGAGACUUGAUCCCUCGAGGAUUACACACACAUUAUACAUGUGAAAAAUAAAAUUCUAUUCGGAAGCCUCUAUUUACUUGGAAUUCUAGUCUAUUCAACGAUAAAAUGUGUCAGAUAAUUAUAACUUUAGUACAAACCAAGAAAAGGGGGAUCAAGUCUCCCCAUUAUGAAAAUACGGCAUAUCCUUAAAAAUUUAAGGAAAUCUUACAAUUUCAAACAUUCCAAAUUCAUCGAAAAUACAAGAAAACUCAAAAAGAAAAUGAAUAGGAAGACUCCAAAAUUAUUUACUCUUUAAAUAAACCAUUUGCUCAAAGGGGGAUCAAGUGUCACCCAUUUUUGAAAAAUACAACAUAAGACAUGCCUUCAUAAAAACACAGUUUUGAAAACUUUAACAAUAAUUCAAAGGCCUUCUGUUGUGUAUUAACUUGCAAUAGAUGUUUACCUGCCAUUUUGUACGGAAAUAGGAUCUAGUUUUGUGUUUUUCCCAAAGUUUCAGGUAAAUUAAGAAAAAGGGAUCAAGUCUCCCCAGUCUCCCCUAAUGACAAAGUCAGCUGAAUAUACGUUUUAUUGUAGCUUUUGCUGUAAUCGAUAUGUUUGAGCCUUGGUUAAAACGUUGUGUGAAGUAGUUUGUGCGUGCACUUCGAAAUUGAUCUACAUAGAGAUAAAAAACUUUACAACGGGGAGCAGUGGAAGAAAGAAUACGUGCUCAAAUUGAAUGACCAAAAAAGUUGAGUCCGCAUCCCUCAGCUGUUAACAUCCCAGUGCACAUGGUGAAAUGUUUGUCAAAAAAGAUAUCAAUGCUUUAACGUCUUGUUUGACGCAAUCGAAUUUUCAUCAUUGUCAAACAGAUGUUGUUUCUUGAGUUUUUUCCUUGUCAAAUAUUCGAUCCUGUGUACUUAUAACCUUUCCAUUUUUCAAAAAAUAUUCAACUAGCUGUAUUUUUUCGAAACAUUCUCAAAUUUUUACUGUAAGUUAAUCAACUAAUUGUGUAUCAGUUGUCAAAAUUUAGAAAUGAUCGAGCUAUUCUACACGAAGUUAUAAGGAUUCUAGAAAAAGGUAUAAUUAUCCGAUAGCCAACUUUGAGCUGUUAUAUCUCCGGAUUAAAUGAACCGAAUGCAAUGAAAUUUUGACCAUUUGUGACAUAUCUAAUGAGCUCUGAAAAACUGGUGACACAAUUUUAAAUUAUCUACAAGACAAAAACUUAUAGUAAUUUCAUUUGUUUUAUGAUGUUUUAGUAAAUUGGUUUAUUUUUAAUAUGCAUCUCAUUACUUUUUCAAUCAAUUGAAGGCAAUGUUGUUAUAUUCCUUCAAAACAUAUUUAUAUUAAGACAAUUAGAGGGAAUUUAAAUGAACUAUAAUUAGCAUCUUGAAUUUUCAAACGAUGUUGAAGUUUUAGAAAAUUUGGUGUUUCAUCAAAAAAAUAAUCUAAUCCGUGUUAAAAAUUUUAACUUGUGUCAAAAGUUUUUCAAAGUUCAUUAUGUAAGUCAUAAAUAGUCAAAAUUUCAUUGCAUUCGGUUCAUUGAAUCCGGAGAUAUAACAGCUCAAAGUUGACUAUUGGAUAAUUAUACCUUUUUUUAGAAUCUUUAUAAUUUCGUGCAAAAUAGCCCGAUCUUUUCCAAAUUUUGUCCACUGAUACACAACUAGUUGAUCAACUUACAGUGAAAAUUUGAGAAUAUUUGAUGUACGGGAGGCUAGUCAACAAUAUAUUAGUGCUAUACAAGUUCUGACAUCAUAGUUAUUUUUUCAACAUUCAAAAAAAGUUAUCAUAGAUUGACACUUUUUGAAUUUUUCUCAAAAAAAUGUUUUUUUUUACAUCAAUGUCAUCAAAUUUGAGUUUUGAUAUCCAAAGAAAUUUUACUUCUGUUCUCAAGAUAUCUCAUUUUGUAAUUUUUGUGUGGUAUUGUAAAUCUGACUUACUUUCCUCUAUAUGAGUAAAAAUGCCAAAGCGGUAUAACUUUAUUCGUCGUGGGAAAAUAUUACAUUUUACAAUGACGCAUGAAGUAUCAAUAUAUUGUUGAUAAACGAUCAAAAUUUCAUUCGAUUCGGUUCACUGGUUUCGGAAAUAUGACAGUUCAAAAAUUGGUUGUCUAAAAGAUAGUGAUAUACGAGAACGGUUCUUGCUUUGUGAAAGAUUAAUUAAUCGGGCUCAAGUUUGUACCAGUGAUGCACAUAUGAUAGGUUGAAAAACAGUCAAAAUUUGAGAAUUUUUUAUGCACUCUAUGAAAAGUUACAGCAAUAUUUUUGAGAGAGAAAAAAAAGUUGCCUAUCCCAAAUGUUUUGGCCAUCUCCUGUAUGUUAUAGUGGACAUAUAUUGCAGUUUAUUGCACUGUAGGUCAAGAUGAAGAAAUGAUGAAACAAUUUUUUUUUUUUGAAAAUUGUCCAAAUACACUUAAAAAAAUAUUUACAUGUGAGAUAUAUCUUUAUUUUUUUAUAUUCUUCUCAACUAUUCUACUUCAGGCUAGCUGCUGUAGCCAAAACCUCAAAUAUGUUCAGCAUUCUGAUAAUGAUUGGUAUUUUGAGCAUAUGCAUUGGAUCAAUUGCUAGAGAUGAAAAUAUAACAUUUGUAGACUAUUGCUUUCGGAACCUGUUAUCAUUCACCAUUACCGAUUUGCCUCAUCCUGUAUCCGAGAUAAUAUAUCUUUCGCUGCGGGGAAACAAUCUCCAGAGGUUCCCCAACAACAUUCUUAAACUGUCAAGCCUGGAAAGAUUGAUUCUCUCCGAGAAUCCCCAAAUAACAUUCCCAUUGGACGGAUCGCCUUUCCUGAUAUCUAGAAGCCUUAUCGAUUUGGACUGCGAAUGUUGUGGUAUAAAGGCGAUUACCACUCGCUCGUUGCGUGGACUACCUCACCUGGAGACCCUCCGGUUGCCAAAUAAUACGAUCCAGAUUAUCGAAAAACGUGCCUUUCGGCACAAUCCUAACAUCCGGAUGCUGGACCUCAGACAAAACAAACUCACGAGCCUGCCGAUGACAAUACUGAUUGGCCUGCACAAAAUGAAGAAGCUAGAUCUGAGCGAAAACCGAGACCUUGCUCCGCAAAAAGAUCAACCGUUUCUGGUGAGCAACUCGUUGGAGAUUCUGAAAUGCAACAACUGUGGGUUCAGUACCGCCCAAGAGGUAACGUUCUCAAAACUGGCCAAUCUAAAAAAAUUGCACCUCGCAGGGAACAGUCUCUUGAUGACACCUUGCUUUCUACCAUUUCCGACUGUUUUGGGGGUGCAUUUGAUGAAAGUAAUCACCGAUUGUCAACGGUACUUGGAAAAUAAUUGUUAUCCUAUUGUUAUCAUUCAAAAUUAGUUACAAAAAAAACGUAUUGUUAACAUGACAACCCGAGCAGAG